AUUUAAACUCAGAUGUUCAGAAGGUGGUAAUCAGUGAAGAGGAGCAGCAGCUGUUGGUGGUUCAAGAAGAGGUUCCCCUCUCCACUGUGAGCCAGGGGGACCCAGAGUCCCCAAACAUUAAAGAGGAGCAGGAGGACCCAGAGCCCCCACACAUUAAAGAGGAGCAGGAGGAGCUGUGGAGCAGUCAGGAGGGAGAGCAGCUUCAAGGUCUGGAGGAGGCUGAUAUCACCAAGUUCCCAUUCACUCCUGUCCCUGUGAAGAGUGAAGAUGAUGAAGAGAAACCUCAGUCCUCACAGCUUCAUCAAAGACUAACUGAACAGAUGGAAACAGAAGCUGAUGGAGAGGACUGUGGAGGACCAGAACCAGACAGGGACUCACAUCCAGACGGAUACUUACAGCCGGUCAGUGAGGACGAGUCUCUGGACUCCUCUGAGACUGAAGACAAGAAGGAGACCAGAGAACCUCAGUCAGGUUUAAACUCUCCUAUUAAAGAUGAAAUCCCUGUCAAUGCUGGUAAGAAAAGAUUACACUGCUCUGAAUGUGGGAAAAGAUAUGCCUACAAGUCCCAUCUGAAGCAACACAUGAUAACUCACACAGGAGAUAAACCAUUCAGCUGCUCUGAGUGUGGGAAGAGAUUUGGCCUCAAGGCUUCUCUGAAGAGACACGUGAGAUCUCAUAAACAGGAAAAACCUUUCAGCUGCUCAAUUUGUAGUACAUCUUUUACAGAGAGUGAUAGUUUACGGAUACACAUGAGGAUCCACACAGGAGAACAGCCAUUCAGCUGCUGUGAGUGUGGUAAAAGAUUUUGUAAAAGUGGAAAUCUGAAGAGACACAUGAGAACUCACACAGGAGAAAAACCUUUUAGCUGCUCAGUUUGUAACAAGUCUUUUUCGCAGAGAGGAGUUUUACAGUUACACAUGAGAACCCACACAGGAGAGAAACCAUUCAGAUGUCCAGUUUGUGGGAAAGGUUUCCCUGAACGUGGAAAUCUGAGGAGACACCUGAAGAUUCAUACAGGAGAGAAACCUUUCACCUGCACAGUGUGUGGUAAGGGUUUUAUUACAAGUAGAAAUCAGAUGAGACACAUGAAAACUCAUACAGAGGCUUUCAGCUGCUCAGUAUGUAGCAAGUCUUUUUCACAGAGAGGAGUCUUACAGUUACACAUGAGAAUGCAUGCAGGAGAGAAACCAUUAAAGUGCUCAGUGUGUGGCAAAGGUUUCACUGAAAGUAAAAAUCUGAGGAGGCACUUGAGAACUCACACAGGAGAAAGACCUUUCAGCUGCACUGUCUGUGGUAAAGGUUUCAUGGAAGGUAGAAAUCUGAAGAGACAUUUGAGAACUCAUACAGGAGAGAAACCCUUCAGCUGCUCAGUGUGUGGUAAACGUUUCAUUGACAGCAGACAAAUGAACAUACACAUGAAAACUCAUACAGGAGAGAAACCGUAUAGUUGCUCAGUUUGUGGUAAAACAUUUGUUUUCCACAUAAAUCACAUUAGACACAUGAAAAUCCACACAGAAGAGAAACCAUUUAGUUGCUCAUUGUGUGGUAAGAGAUUCCUUCGCAAGGAAAACAUAGUUCGCCACAUGAGAAUCCACACAGGAGAGAAAAGAUUCAGCUGCAGUGUUUGUGACCAAAGAUUCGCCUGGCUUUAUCAGCUCAGAGCCCAUCAGUGUGUCGGUGGUCAGUCCUCACAGCCUCAUCAGAAUCACACUGAGGAGAACAGAGAGGCAGAGCCUCCAGCCAGCAGCUCAACACAUGGAAACAGAAGCUGAUGGAGA